UACACAGCUUUGAAUCCGGAAUCGUUCAUUCCCGGAGAGAAAAAGAAGCGCAAAUCAGAACCCUGCUUGGAUCAAAAGAAAAUAAACGAAUCACAAUGAAUACACAAGCUCAGCUUCAAGAUUAACAAAAUUCUCUUUGAGAGGUGGUGUUCGUAGCCACAUAUAUCCAUUUUUUUUUAAUUCCUUCCCCUUUUUUUAUUCUUCUUUUCCUCAUGCGGCGAGCCAAGGCUACAAAGCCGAUAAAUCUACCACCAACGAAGGCCACCGAAAAUCUUUCCGAAAUCCGAUUCAGAGGCGUCCGGAAACGUCCGUGGGGCCGAUUCGCUGCCGAGAUCCGAGAUCCCUGGAAAAAGACACGCGUUUGGCUCGGGACCUUCGACUCCGCUGAAGACGCGGCACGUGCUUACGACGCGGCCGCACGGUCCCUCCGUGGGCCCAAGGCAAAAACGAAUUUUCCGUUGACGAUUUCUUCGUCUAAUAAUGUUAAUAAUAUUCCUGUACUUUUACAGCAUCGAGAACGAGAGUCUCGAACCGGGUUUUGUAAAUUUGAGCCGGCUGUUCAGGUCAAUAGACCGACGAGCAGCAGCAUGAGCAGUACGGUGGAGUCUUUUAGUGGGCCCAGGGUGUCGAACCCUGUGCCGGUUGUCCCACGGGUGCAGCGGAAAAUCGUGCAACCGGUUGCACCGGAUGAUUGUCAUAGCGAUUGUGAUUCAUCGUCUUCGGUUGUUGAUGACGGCGAUGAUGGUGUUCUCAGUUCUUCGUUCAGGAAAAUCCUGCCGUUCGAUCUGAAUUUACCACCGCCGACGAUGAUGAUGGACAUUGUUGAUGUUGACGGUGAUGAUCUUCGAGCCACUGCUUUGUGCCUCUGAUGUUUUUUUUUUUUUAAAUCCUUCCCUUAAUUUAAUGUUUUUCUUUUUUAAA